CGGGGAGCUCGGCCAGGCCCGCGCCACAGCUCCGCGCGCUGCAGGUGGAGCCCUCCUUCCCCGCCAAGCGCGCUGGCGAGGGGCACCCGCUGCCCGCAGCUCGCCCGCCGUCCCCGGGCUGCGCGGCGGCGCCUCGCCCAUGGCUGAGGGCCGGCGGCGGGAGGACGAGGAGGAAGAGCUGCGAGAGCGCCGCGAGCUUGGGGGCCCGCGCCGCGCCCGGAGCCGCGCGCUCCCGGGCCACUCGGCUGCAGAUCGCAACGAGCGACAUAAGCCAGAACAUCGUUCUUCAAGCCAAGGACCCCUGUCAUCCAUUAGAGCUGUAAUCAAGAGAUCUUCUCGGACCUGUAUUCAAAGUGAACUUCAUCGGGAUAGGAGGCGCCCAGAGAUCACCAUCGUGGCAGCAGAGCCACUGAGGCCGGCCUCGUGGUUUCCAGGAGCUCCACCACCAGGACUGGGAUUUCCCUCCACGCCUGUAGCAGGCCCUUGGAGGCCCCAAGACUUGGUUCCUGCUGAGCUCCCGCCCUCCUAUGAACAAGUGAUAAAAGAAAUAAACCAAGUCCAGGUUAACUCCACAAAUAACAAUAAUGCUGCUGCCACUCCAAGGAGGACUAUUACUUCUGCAACGCAGACUGACUUUCCAGAAGAAAUAGACAGCGAUCCACCUCCAACACUACAGGCGCCUCUCAAGCCUCUCCAGCCCUCACCAGCAGCCUCAGCUGGUAAUCUCCCCCCAGGUGUGGCACCUUUAAUAGUCUUCGAUAUUUGUGAAGAGCAAAAUUGUCCUGAAAACCCCAGUGCUACAAGAUGUCCGGUGCCAAGACCAAGGUCAAAAGGCAACCUCAGACCAGUAGCUAGGGAUGCUAACAGUAAAGAAAAAAACAUCCCGAAAAGCCCAGUGACCCCCAGAGAAGACUGGCCACCCCAGUGUCUGCUGGACAGCACCUGUAAUUUAGAUAGCCAGGCAGUGAUGAACAUUAUGAACACAGAACAAAGCCAAAAUACCAUUGUUUCCAGGAUCAAGGCAUUUGAGGGUCAGACAAACACAGAAAUCCCAGGACUGCACAAGAAACCCGAGAUUAUUCCUCGAACGAUUCCCCCGAAGCCUGCUGUUUCCUCAGGGAAACCCUUGGUGGCGCCCAAGCCAGCUGCUAACAGAGCUUCUGGAGAAUGGGACUCGUGGGCCGAAAACAGGCUCAAGGUGACUGCCAGAGAAGGGCUCAUCCCAUACUCAUCGCCACCAGAAGCCGGAAUCAUCCCAGUAACCAAACCUGAAUUGCCAAAGAAACCAACUCCUGGCCUUACACGAAGCGUGAACCAUGAGACUUCUGGAGGAAGAUCCAUGGUUGAGAGCCCUGAUGCGGGGAAGAAAAUCCCAACUCCUGCUCCCCGGCCUUUGCUGCCGAAGAAAUCAGCCUCCCCAGAUGCCCCGCCGUACCCUUCGGUUCCACCGAAACUAGUUUCUGUUCCUCCCCGACUCUCAGUAGCGUCACAAGCCAAAGCGUUCAGGUCACUUGGAGAAGGGCUGCCAUCCAACCCCUCAGCUCCAGCUCCACAGAGCAAAGCCCUAGGGGACAUCGACCUCAUCAGCUUUGACGAUGACGUAUUGCCCACCGCGGGGUGCUCAGCUGAAGAACCCGUUAGUUGUGAGACGGUUCUAGAUCCCUUUCAGCUCCCCACAAAACCAGAAGCAACAAAAGAAAGAGCAGGGCAGCCGGCGCCCACCAGGAAGCCUACUGUAAUAAGAAUCCCAGCCAAACCAGGAAAAUGUUUACACGAGGAAUCACAAAGCCCACCUCCUCUCCCUGCUGAAAAGCCGGUUGGAAAUACUUACAGUGCAGUGUCUGGAAGACUCAGUAACUCUGACAGAACUAGGAACCCAGAACUGGAGCAAGCCAGUGAAUCAGGAGGCUUGAUACAAGGACCCCCCAGGUUGCCACCAAGGCCUGUACAUGGAAAAGUCAUUCCAGUUUGGAGGCCUCCCCCCAAAGGGGCCCCUGAGAGACCACCACCCCCUAAACUUUCUGCAACCAAAUCAUCAAAUAAAAAUCUGCCUUUUAAUCGAUCCUCCUCUGAUAUGGAUCUUCAGAAAAAACAAAGUCACUUGGUAUCUGGACUCUCAAAAGCCAAGAGUCAAAUCUUUAAAAACCAAGAUCCGGUGCUACCCCCUCGUCCUAAACCAGGACACCCUCUCUACAGGAAGUACAUGCUGUCUGUGCCUCAUGGGAUUGCCAGUGAAGACAUUGUCUCCCAAAACCCCACGGAACUCUCUUGUAAGCGUGGGGAUGUACUUGUGAUCCUGAAGCAGGCAGAAAAUAAUUACUUGGAAUGUCAACGGGGAGAAGGCACUGGCAGAGUCCACCCAUCCCAGAUGAAGAUUGUCACUCCCCUUGACGAGCGCCCAAGAAGCAGACCUAACGACUCAGGCCAUGCUCAGAAGCCCGCAGACAGUGGUGCUCCUCACGCUGUGGUUCUUCACGACUUCCCAGCAGAGCAAGCUGAUGAUCUGAGUCUCACAUCUGGAGAGAUUGUUUAUCUUCUUGAAAAAAUAGAUGCAGAGUGGUACAGAGGGAAAUGCAGGAACCAGACUGGCGUGUUUCCUGCCAAUUACGUCAAAGUCAUUGUUGAUAUCCCAGAAGGAAGAAGUGGGAAAAGAGAAUCAUUUUCAUCUCACUGUGCUAAAGGCCCACGAUGUGUCGCUCGGUUUGAGUAUAUUGGAGACCAGAAGGAUGAGCUAAGUUUCUCAGAGGGAGAAGUCAUUAUCCUUACAGAGUAUGUGAAUGAGGAAUGGGGCAGAGGAGAGAUCCGAGACCGAGCUGGGAUCUUCCCGCUUAACUUUGUGGAGCUCGUUGAGGACCACCCCACAUCUGGUGCAAAUAUCUCAAAUACAAAGGUGCCACCAAAGACCAAAAAUGAAGACCCUGGGUCAAAUCCUCAGGAUAGCAGCCCUCCUGGAGAAUGGUGCAAAGCUCUUCACAGUUUCACAGCAGAGACCAGCGAGGACUUACCCUUCAAACGCGGAGAUCGGAUCCUGAUCCUUGAGCGUCUAGACUCUGACUGGUACCGGGGCCGACUGCAUGACAGGGAGGGCAUCUUCCCAGCAGUGUUUGUGCAGCCCUGCCCAGCUGAGGUGAAAGCUGUGGCUCCCACGGUACUGAAGGGAAGGAAGGUUAAAGCCCUGUAUGAUUUUCUUGGGGAAAACGAAGAUGAACUUUCUUUCAAGGCUGGAGAUGUAAUAACAGAGCUGGAGCCCGUGGAUGAUGACUGGAUGCGUGGAGAACUAAUGGGAAGAGCUGGAAUAUUUCCCAAAAACUACGUUCAGUUUCUGCAAGUCAGCUGAAGGUGAAGCUUGGCUGUUCCUUGGCACGAGAACUCACUUGAACAUUCACUUUGACUAUCAGAUAUUUGCACUAUUUUUUUUUAACAGAAAGAGAAGUAUCUAAGAUGUACGUGGUACACUAGAAUUUCUGAGGCCAGAAAACAUGUAGGUUUUAUAGCGUAGCUUCAUUCAUAGUGGAAAGGUGUAUGUAGAAACCGUAUGUAGAGUACAUGUACGUAGAGUGAGGAAGCUGGCGGGAAGCGUUAGCGGGGAUGGAUGGCAGGCGACGCACUUCCCCUGGGAAAGCAUCUACUGCAGGCAGCAUGGGUCGGCUAACAAGCAGGAACUGUACUCGUACACCUGUUCCAUCAACACACUGAGUUAACUAUGCUUCUUCAUUUUCUACUUUAGUUUUAAAAAGUGGACGUUUGACAUUCUACAUGCUGUAACUAUCAGGACAUGGAUGGUAAUCUGAAUUUCGUUUUUGAUAUUCAAAUUAAUUCUCAUAGCUUGAGCACAUUAGUCUUAGUUCCAGGGCAAAUUCUUGCUGCAGGACAGAUAGUUUGGUAACUAGUGGAACAUUUACAAGCAGGUAGGGAAAUAAGCUCAUGUUCCUCCAAGUGCUCCUGUGUUUCCCAGCGUUCCCCAUUUGUCCAGGGACUUGAAGGGGUCAAAAGAACCAAAACCAUCCCUGAGAUGCCUUGCUAACACAACUAACUCCUCCACAGACAUGCCACACUUACCUCUUCCUCAGUGUAUGUAAACUUUAUGUUAACAGGGUUAUUAUAAAGCACAUUUUCUGAAUCUGCAAUCAUUCCUUUGACAAUUACUGGUACCCAAAGGAAAACUCAUUUUCUUUGCAUUACCCCAGUAAUACAUAAAAGCUGUGUCUUGUUAUAGUAGUACAUUAUGAAUCUUGGAUAGUAUCUUAGAUUACAGAGAAGAUGGUAAGAUGAAAAACAAUACCAAGCCCCCAUAGCUCAUUUCUUCUCAAUAUAAUCAGAAGUUAAAUAACGUAAGAGGCCUGAAGGCUGGUGCAGUACCCGUCCCAUCCCCAGCGUAUCUCCACAGUUAUUGGAAUGAAUACAAGACCACUUUCCCGUCAUCCAGGGUCACACGUUCUGAGUUUCAAAAGUGGUUCUUGUGUGAUUGAAUCAAUUACAGUUUACAAACUAAAGCCAAAUGCUUUGAAGACAAUCUAAUGGCUCAGUGGGUUGACAUUUCACUGGAGAUGUGAAACACUCUCCAGCAGGUUCGUGGCUUUCUUCUGUUUUCAAGAAGAGUUCCAUAUGCUGGACCAUAUCAUUGUUUUCCCCAUUAUUCAAAACCUGGGCGGCCAGUGGUUUCCUGAACAUGUUGCUCCUGUAAGGAAAUAUUUACUUUGUUUUCUGCUAAAUUUCCUAUCCCUGGCAUCUGAUUACAUUUGAUUUUGGCAUUUAGGAUCUGGGGUUUCUAUUACAUGUUUUUGGUUAAGAGUAUUUAAGGAAAAUCAUUGUAGGUUUUUACUCAUGUUUGUUUUAUGAGAAUAAGAUGACUUAAAGUGUUUUCCAAACUCAAUUCUCAUUGGCAGCAAGCCAUACAAGAGCAAGAAGUGGGCAGGGGUGUGGAGAGGGGUAUGAAGUGUGUCUUUGCCUGUGAGAUUUUAACAUUUAAUAGUGAAGAUUCUGAACAACCUAUCUCUGUUGAAGGGAAAAUCCCUCUAAACAUUGGCUCUCUGUAAGCAGGAUAAGUGCAAUAGCUGUGUAUCUACUUGACACCAUAAUAAACUGAACUCAGCUUUUCAAUCUUUA